AUGAGACUGGCUCACACGCACGGGCUCAAGCUCGAUGAAGUCGUUCUCAAACCGUCGCCAAAACAGUCCAACUCCUCUACGGUUCCUGCUGUUCCAUUGAAAAGUGAUGAAAGACUCGGUUCCAAGAUGAAAAAUAAUCUUGAGCUAGCAAGACAGCAAGGCAGGAUGAAGGAGACUCUUCGAUCGAGGCAAGCAUUACCUCUGAUGGCUGAGGGGACGCCGCAAGCGCUGCUGAAAGCGGUUGAAGACAAUGAUGUGGUGAUUAUCUUGGCCAAAACAGGGUCUGGGAAGACGACGCAAGUCCCUCAGAUCAUUCUCGAUGACAGAAUAAUGUCUAGAAAAGGUCCUUGUACAAACAUUGUUUGCACCCAACCCCGGCGGAUGGCGGCGACCUCUGUGGCUCACAGAGUGGCUCAUGAGCGCCAUGAUACCAUGAGAAAUAGCGUUGGCUACCACAUUCGCAACGAUAACUGGUCUCCGAGUCCAUCCGGUAGCAUAACAUAUUGUACGACAGGGAUCCUACUCAAUCGCCUCAUAGCCAAUCCACAAGCAACCUUGUCAUCCCAUUCACACAUCAUUGUUGACGAGGUCCACGAACGCGAUAUCCAGAUCGAUCUUGUCCUCUCGCUUCUGCGAAAGACUAUCCGGGCUAGAAAGAUGGCACAGGAGAGCUUCCCCAAGGUCAUCCUGAUGAGUGCUACUAUCGACCCGACGACCUUUGUCGACUAUUUCAAGCAACCAGCCGAGGACGGUACUACGCUCAAUGUCGAUAGCCUUGACGUAGAAGGCAGGCGUGCGUAUGUCGAAGCCCACUAUCUGCCGGAAAUCCUCUCAGAAUUGUCUCAAGAGGGGGACCUACAUCCCUCUAUACGCCAGUUGAUCCAGGGUGGUCACAAGCAAUCCAGCGCACAGCACAUUGAACAUGAGCUGCAUUUUUCUGCCAGGCAAACGAAGCUGGCAUCAUCGCAUUCAGGCGCACUUAGUCCUGACGAGGAAUUGCCGCUGCCAAGUGCUCCUUAUGAGAUUGACUCUCCUGGGAUCACCGGUCCAAUGCGCGUGGGCCUAGCUGUCUCCGUUAUAGUCCAUAUCGCGAAGACCAAGCCUGAUGGCGAUGUAUUGGUGUUCUUUCCGGGUUCAACAGACAUGGAAAAAGUCGAGCUUCUUCUGACUAGUGGCCGCUUUGCUUGCCUGGGACUUGACUUCCAAGAUCCGAAUAAGUUCCGGUUAUUCAAACUUCACUCUCGGCGCCGGGAAACGAAUGAUCAGGUCUUUGAACCUGUUCCAGAAGGCUGUCGGAGAAUCAUAUUGACGACGAAUAUUGCAGAGACCUCGAUCACACUUCCAGACGUCGUCUAUGUUAUCGACACUGGUAAGGAGCGGAACAGUCUCUUUGACCCUUCGACCCUGGCUCGGAGCCUGCCGUAUGCUUGGAUCAGCAAGACCAGCUCAAUUCAAAGACGCGGUCGCGCUGGACGGGUUCGAAACGGUCAUUAUUAUGCUCUGUUCUCAAAAGAACGCCACGACUCGCUUCGACCAAUGCAACGUCCCAAGAUCGAGCAGUCCGAUCUUGCGGAAUUGGCGUUACAGUUUAAAGCUUUCCCCCAAACUGUUGAUGCCGAGAGUCUCCUCCUCGACACCAUAGAUCCACCCGCAUCGGAAUCAGUUGCGAGCGCUAUCAGACAGUUGCAGAGUCUAGGCGCGUUGACUGAUAAAGGGGAUAUCACAGACCUAGGCAGAUUAUUGUGGCGCUUGGGGGUGCAUCCAGCGCUUGGAAAAGGCGUUCUCUUAGGAUCACUGUUCGGAUGUCUGGAGCCUAUGCUGAUUAUCGCCUGUCACGAUCCUGAAGCUCCGCUGGUAUCCAAUCUAGAACUGAGUAUCGACAAACUCAGAGCCGAGAAACAAAAAUAUCUCCCAGAGUUCGAGACUGACUUUGCUUGGAUCAUCGAGGCCUUCAAAGAGUACCAUGAAGCCAGCCUGGCCGGCGACGAAAACCUCAUGCAGGAGUUACGCGACACAAAGUUUAUCCGCCACCGCUCUUACCAGGAUAUGAUGAUGACAAGCAAAGGGAUUCACGAAGCUCUGGCGGAAGUUGGAUUUGUUUCACCUCCACAGCCAGGCAGAACCCUUUUCGAAUCGCUUCCUCACUCUUUAAAUGUCAACAGCAACAACAUGAUCCUUGUCAAGGCUCUGCUAAUCAAUACUGUCAGUGCUGAACUAGCCGCCUGGCGAGGUGCGACUAGUUUCAAAGGCCGACAAUAUGGUUGGUCGACUGACAGUCGCGAUCUCAAAGGCAUGAUAUCGAAACACGGGGUGAAUGAGGCAACCAAUCGGCGGGACCGACGCAAGAAGAAACAUUACCGUAGCCACGGUCGCCUGAUGGCAUACACAUGGAAACAAGCAGGGCUCGAUGGACCCGACGAUGUCGUGUGGCUCGAACAGGGUUCCAUGGUGACACCGCUCAUGGCCAUCUUGUUCUGUCGGAGUCUCAAGCUGCAAAAGGAUCAGGUACUGGAACUCAAUGAGUGGCUUCGGCUCCGUAUCUUGACACCUGAUGAUGUUCCGCCAGAGAUUUCGGAGCAAGCGGCGGCUAUUCUGGUGGAAUUGAGGAAAACGGUUGAUCGAUUCAUCAAUUCCGCAUGGCUAGAGCUUGAAAAGCUGGAUCGGCCUCGAGGGCAACGCGACUCUGAGAGUCAAGGGCAAGCUACCACGUCUAGUGGCUUGGGUCUCGAGCUGAGAAAUGUCAUGGUCGAAGCAGUCGUGAAAAUGCUUGACGCCGAUGAGGCGUAUUGGAAGGAGUGGCGUGAACAGCGUCGAGUGGAGAUUGCUUUGGAUGUCGAACAGCGCCAGAGGGAGCAAGAAGAGGCAGAUGCAGAAGCACCUGAGACGCAAGAGAUGGACUGGGGAUCCGAGGAAGAGCAAGAGGAAAAGCUCAAGCCCGAUGCCGAGGGCGGCUCCAAGAACACUGCUGGUGUCCCAGGAUACGAAAGGGCAUCGGCAUGA